AGGGGAGUUCAAUUCAAUUGCACCGCUCCUCCUCUUCCACCUCCCCCCUCACCGGGAUGCGGGACUGGUGCUGAGCUCUGACUCCUCGCCACAGACAAGUCUCGAUUAUCAUCACGGGGAUCACGCACAGGAAUUUUGUCUUUUUGGUUGUGUAUGUGUGGGUGGGGAGGGGGGCGCUUUCUCGGAUUGCCAUUCGAAUCCUUUUUCGGUUGUCUCGAGUCAGCUGGCGGCAUGACGGAACUUGCUUUUGCGUGUGAGGGAUAAUAAUGGUCCGCUUCAAAUGUACAUUUUUACCCAGCUGAAGCCGAGCUUUCAUUCCGAGUCCAACUGGAUCCACACAGCGGGAUGGAUACAAAUGAGUUUGCAGUGCUGAAACUUUUUGUUGUUGGCAUUUUGGUCAAUGCCUGGAUGGUGGGUGGCUUUUCAGCGACUGAGAGUUUCCACAUCGAACCCACUUCUGCCAGGCCGGGGAGAGCCUGCAACGAGUCACGCUUGGAGUGGGAAGUGGAGGUCUGUGGCGAAGACUUCAAGCGCGAUAUGGCUCACAUAGACCCUCAGUAUUGGUGCAACCUCACCCACUUUAUCAGUGAGUACCACAUCUUCACGUUGUGCACAGAGACCAAAUCCCUCACUGUCCACUGCUACUGGCCCAAUCCUCUGGUGGAGAGCUACAUCAUUCGCAUUCACAAGCACUUUUUCUCCAACUGCACCUUGGAGCAGGUGGUAUGGGUGGACCCUCCGGACAACACGCUGACCAUCCUCAUCCUAAUUCCCGUUUUCCUCACCUUGGCUAUGAUUGCUGUGGUGGUGUGGUGUAGCAAGAGGAGCGACAACCUGGCUUAGAAGGAGCCAUACCACGAUGGAGAAGGGCAGAUCGAUUCUGAAUGAAAGACAAUCAAAACAUCCGUGUACACAAUGAAGCGGCGGUUGAGAGAUUUGAGAGUUUGAGUUAGUUGGGCAUUUGGUCUGCAGAUGUUCCAGCGAUCCACCAUCUCAAGGUCUUGAUACAACGUGAACGAGUUUCAACAUUUGAGGUUGCCUUCACACGAGCAUCCUGUGAUAUAUUUACGUCAAACUCAAUUCCCCAUCUUCAAUGUGAUUCAUUUGGUUUUGUGUGAACAAAUUAUUGGACCAAAGCAAAGCAACUCCACCUUCAUCCUAUUCAAAUGGCAAAUUAAAGAAUCAGCAAAGACCUAAAAGACAUAAUUGUGACGCCAAGUGCUCAUGUGUCCUUUUUAGCACGUUUGCAAUGCAUGAUAGAUAUACUGUACAUUUUUGGAUAGUCAGGACAUCACGGAAAGAAGGGGGCGUUUGUGCCAUCGUACGCAGCCGACCACUGGUCAAUCGAAGCGGCUUCCCUUUUUCUCUUUAAAUUCAGGACGGCCCAAGCACAAACAGAGCUCGAUAUUGCGGAAGCAGAAAUUGACUGGCUGGGGUCCGUGCUUGAGAUUGGCGCAGGCAAAAUGUGUUUAAAAAGGGUAAACUGCAAGAUCUCCCCUUGCAGAUGAUGUCGUUGGUCAUGCUUGUGACUUGGGCAAUCGAAAACAGUCUUGCACCACCGAUUGGGCAUCCGCAAGAUGGUCCGGAGAGGUGCAAUGCGGUCCCAAACAUGAUAGACUAAAGUACCAUAAAAUACCAUACCAAGCCAUCAUGUUGAUUGUCUUGAAUAGUCUCAAACCCAAACGUUGAUGCCACAAAGAGUUUCAAACCCCCUGUGCCUCUUGCACCAAAGACAUUCACGAUAAAAUGUAUUUCCCAACGAUUCCAUUCCACUGUUUGUACAAACUACAACGUGCUUGACCAAAACCGGUAGAUGGAGUUUGCUAACUUCCAAUCAUGAGGAUUGUGUGUGUGUGUGUUUUUUUUGUGCUUGAUAUGAAGCUGUUCCUUCAGGCACUGGUUGCUCAUCCAACCUCUGGAAAGAGGUCGUGUAUAUUUGCCAAACUUUCAAGCUAUUUAUUGUAUUUGCCUUAGAGUUAUUUGUACAUGUCCGGUGUGAAACAAGAUGACCUGUUGAGGUUUUGAGCAUUACAAUGGAGGAAUCGACUGGCCAGACGGAGACCAGUGGCCUUGGACAUUCUCGUCAGUCAGAGCACUGUAACGUAAGCUGAAGGCCAAAGGAUCCGGUGCUGGAACUCUUUCAAAUCAUGGGAAAUAAAAUUCCCGGUGGACAGCAUUUUCAACACGACACAUGAAAGGAUGAAAAGGAACCCAAAGUUGGACUUAAAGGGAUUCUGUAAAUUUCCAUACACUGCUGAGUUACUCAAGGGACAGUCAUCACUGGAAAGGACAAACAAACAUGAGACGACACUUGGAUCAACCAUUUUGAGUCUCUUGUGGCUGUUGUAUAAGAGUGUAACUUAUCAGACACUGAAUAGAAUAAAGUACUGAAUACAC